AUGUUUUUAAAAGGAUACACCUCAAAUGUGGUACUAAUUAUAUUAACAUUUUUCAUUCUACUAACAAAAGAAGAAAAAAAUAUAAAAAAUAAUAUCUCUGGAUAUUGUUUUUUGAAUUUUGGAUUAAAAAAAAAUGCAAUAAUAAAAAAAAGAGAAAAACAAAAUUUGAAAUUAUUUUGUUAUAAUGGUAUAAGAAUAGGUCAAGGUUAUGAUAUCCACAAAAUAAAAGUUUUAGAUGAAGAAUAUAAUACAUAUGCAAAUAAUGAUUUUAAUAAAAAUGAACAAUCUUUUAAAACCUUAACCUUAGGAGGAGUUAAAAUAAAUAAUGUUUUAGUUUUAUCACAUAGUGAUGGUGAUAUAAUAUAUCAUUCGAUAGUUGAUUCAAUUUUAGGUGCCUUAGGUUCUUUAGACAUAGGAACCUUAUUUCCUGAUAAAGAUGAAAAAAAUAAAAAUAAAAACUCGGCUAUAUUCUUAAGAUAUGCUAGACUUUUAAUAUAUAAAAAAAAUUAUGAUAUUGGGAACGUGGAUAUUAAUGUAAUAGCACAAGUUCCCAAAAUAAGCAACAUCAGAAAAAAUAUUAUAAAAAAUAUAUCGACAGUGUUAAAUAUUGACGAGUCGCAAAUAUCUGUUAAAGGAAAAACUCAUGAGAAAUUAGGAGUAAUUGGUGAGAAAAAAGCAAUAGAAUGCUUUGCGAAUAUUUUGUUAAUACCUAAAAAUUCAUAA